AUGACGGACCCACUCGACCUCUCGCUCGACCUCUUGCGUCGCCUGCCGCCGUCCAAAGUGGAGCAGAACCUCGACUCGAUCGUCAAGCUCAUCCCAUCAUAUGCCGACGAUCUCUACUCCUCGGUCGACCAGCCGCUCAAGGUCAAGGUGGAUGAGUCAAAGCAAGGUUCAGGGCGGGAGUAUUUAUGCUGCGACUACAACAAGGACGGAGACAGCUGGAGGUCAUGGAUUUCGGACACCUACCAUCCUCCCAUCGCACCGGAUGCCGACGACACUGCGGACGGGGAGCCAGGGACACGACCAAGUGCACCCUUGAGAUCGCUGGAGCUCAAGGCCAACGAUGCAUUCGCGACAUACGCCAAGCUCUACUACGACAAUGCGCUGUCGAGCGUCUACCUGUGGGACCUCGACAGCGAUCCAAGCUCCCUUUCCGGGGCGACCGUCGGAGGCACGCAUGCUCCAUCCACCUUUGCAGGCGUCGUCCUGCUGAAAAAGACCAUCGGCGACGCCAGCGGCAACGGCAUCUCGGGCGCAUGGGACUCGAUCCACGUCUUUGAGGCAACUGAACGCGCGAGUGGCAGCUCCAAAUCCUCGUCCACUGGCACCGGCGUCAGCGCAAGCUACAAGCUCACUUCGACCGUCAUGCUCGGUCUCGUCCGCCGCGACGAAGGUGACGAAGAGCCCACCGACCUCAAGCCUUCCUCCACCAAAGUAGGCACCGUCGAGAUUGCAGGCAGUCUCACGCGUCAAUCCGAAGGCGACUAUGCGCUGCCGGACUUCGUCUCGCACGUCUCCAACGUGGGCCGCAUGAUCGAGGACAUGGAGGCCAAGAUGCGCAAUCAGCUGCAAGAGGUCUACUUUGGAAAGACGAGGGAUGUGGUCAGUCAUCUGCGAAGCACACAGAGCUUGGAGAAGGAGAGGAAGGCGAGAGACUUGCAGAAAGAGCUCAUGGGGCUGUGGAAAAAGUGA